AUGAGGCGCCGUUUCAGGCAAUCCUUGGCAAAUUUAGUUGUCAUCGGCGGCAUCGCACUUUGCACAACGCUCUCUCAGCGGUCUUAUCGAUGCGCUACAUUACUGUCGUCAGAUCAAGCGGGUGAAUCCCAUAUGAAAAGCUCAGAAGUCGGCAACGCCAAAGUAAUUUCGCGUUCCAGUGCUACCCACAGACCCUCCGCAUGUGAGGCGUUUGUAGGCCCUUCGAGUGAUGAUAGCCAAGUAGUCCAAGCCAGAACUUUACACACCCAGUUUGCCAUGCAUGUCUACAGAAAAGGUAAAGUCAAGGACAUUGUCUCCAAUACUAUCGAGCAAGCUGGAGCCUGGGAAACACAAGACACAGAAAAAUUGAUGGAUAUUCUGGGCUGCGGCGAUUCCUUUAAAUGUUCCCCCGAGACGGCGAAAAAGGGAGUACUCGUAGAUGUCGGAGCAAAUAUAGGAUGGUUUACCCUCGCUGCUCUACACUUGGGUCACACUGUCGUUGCCUUUGAACCAUUCGAAAGAAAUGCGGAAUUGAUGUGUGCCUCCGUACAAGCUGUGCAAAAUUACGAAACGCGUUUUCAAUUAAAUCGACUAGGCCUUGACCACAAAGGAAGGGAGUGCGAGUUGUUCCAACAAAAGGAAUUGAAUAUCGGAGACACGCACUCAGUCUGUGAUGAUGAAACGAGGAAGGUGUUUGUCGAGAAAAACUAUGAACCUCUUGGCUGGAUGAAUACAACUACUCUUGACAACGCUAUGCGCACGGGAAUGUUUGGCACGAUAGACACGAUAGACGUGAUGAAAAUUGAUGUUGAAGGCUUCGAACCAUCUGUAUUUCUUGGUGGUAACGAAUUCUUCCAGUCUAAAUUGACGCCAAAGUUCAUAUUUGUUGAGCUUGUUUCAGAGAGGAUGGGUGAGGUGCGGGGACAACAUGAUCGAGGUAAACACAGAUUGAGAAGUGUUUUGCUUUCCUUGACUAACUAUGGCUAUGAGAUCGACGACUACAGCAAGGAAGGCAACAGCGGCUUGAGUCUUUUGACAAGCUCACUUGAGCACCUAGAAUCUUCAAUCGACGGGCGCACCGUGUUGUUCCGACGAGCUACACCUGUAAGUACUUCUAGGGUUUAG